AUGGUGUUCCGCACGCGCUCCACGUUCUUCUCCCUGUUGCUGAUCGGCGGGCUCUCGGCCACUUCCGCCCUCGCCGAUCAUAUCCUGCUGCCCUUUACCCAACGUCUCGAUAUCAACACCAACAAACUCGUGUCGCGCAACUCCAAGACCGGCACCUUGAAGUCGGCCAGUCAAUAUGGCUACGCGAUCGACGCCUCGAUUGGCACGCCGCCCCAAAAAGUAACGCUGCUGCUCUCAACGUCCUCCGGUGACACCUGGGUGCCGGAUGCCAACACCGAGCAGUGCUCUCCUGACUGGUACAUCUCCCAGUACGACUACUAUGACGAUCUCACCAACACGCUAGCCCCCAUGUGUGAUUGGGGCAGCUUCAACAAAUCUCUGUCCUCGACCUACCUGCCCGCCAACUCUCGCUACAGUGACUUCUCUGUGAGCUAUGCUGACAACAACUACGCGAGCGGCAUGAACAUGACCGACAAGCUCGAGUUCGCCGGCCUGACCUUCGAGGAUUACCCGAUGGGUCUCGCGUCGGCUGCCACUCGAUGGAUCGGAGUCUUAGGUCUGGGCCGCAAUGCGUCGUCGUCCUACUCAUAUACCACUUCCUCAGGGGAAUACGCCAACAUCAUGGACCGGAUGGUGACGUCCGGCAAAAUCCCGACCGCCGCCUAUAGCCUCUGGGUUGACGACGCUCAAGGCAGCUCCGGUAGCGUUCUCUUCGGGGCCGUCGACAAGUCGAGAUACACGGGCGAUCUGGUGCGCAUUGCCAACCCGUAUUACUACUCGUCAUCGUCCUCGCAAUCGCCGUAUGGUUUCAGUACCACCCUCAAUAGCCUCAACGGCACGGAUGCCGACGGAAACCCCCUCCCGACCAUCCGUACCAACGACUUCCCACUCGAUGUCUAUCUCGGCUCAUCUGAGAUCUUCUCGUAUCUGCCGCAGACGAUGACUGACCCGCUGGCCAAGUUAGCAGGCGCCACCUACAACAAGAAUAUCGCCCUGUACACCAUUCCCUGCGACGCCGGGAAGACCACCGACAAGUCGAAGCUCGUAUUCGAGCUAGCUGGCGCCGGCGGCCCAAAAUUGAACGUGGAGAUCGCCGACCUCGUCGUCCCACGUUCCGUUAUCGAGAGCUCCGGGGGCUACAGCGGUGGGGCCUACAGCCGCUUCCUCUCGUCGUCGGAUCAGUGUGCAUUUGGGAUUCAAAGGUACGACGACAACUCGGGAAGCUCCAGCUCUUACGACCAACAUAUCCUAGGCGGCUCAUUGCUGCGCCGCAGCUACCUGGUUUUUGACCUUGUCAACUCGGAAAUCGCCGUGGCCCCAGUCAAGUUUGCCUCGAGCGGGAAUGCUCCGCAGCCCAACAUCGUGGAGUUCGACAGCUACGGUUCGUACGCCCCGGGUACCACCACAUUUUGUUCCAGCAGCCAGUAUUCCUGCUCCUCGAACAACGGUGGUUCCGGUUCUGGGGGCGGUUCUGGUUCAGGAUCUGGCUCGGGCUCAAACGGGGCCUCCGACGAAUAUGGCGACUCCCCGCUUCAACAAUGGCAAAAGGUUGCGAUUGGCGUCGGUGUUUCACUUGGCGUGCUCUUCCUUGCCGGUGCCAUCCUCGGCAUCAUCCUCUGCGUCCGUUCGAAUCGCGCGACGGGAGUUGCUAAGGAGAUCGACGAGGAGACCCCGCCGACCUCUUCCGGUGUACCCCCGGUUGUUACCCAGCAGCAACACCCCAUGAGCGGCUCCCUCGCUCCGCCCGUUGUAGUCCCGCCCCCGGGUACCCUUCCCCCGGUUCAGGAGACUUCAGAGACGACUCCUCCGGCACAAGGGCCCCCGUCACCGCAACUGCCUGUCCCCGAAACGUCGGUUGCGCGCGCUAUCACGCCUCCAGUGCCGACUGCGUCUGCCAACUCGCAACGGCCAUCUGAUGCGGUGUCUGCGCUCUCCAACGAGGAGGAAACACGACCGCAAGGGACGGAGGCCGCUGCGCCUGCAUCGCCAAAGGGAAAAGGGAAGGAGGUGGACCGUACCGAAGGGUAA